GGACAGGAAUUUUUUGCACAUUUUAUGUUCUCCUUUUUUUCCAGAAAACGUCGCAUUUUCUUUAUCUAAUCUACAAAGAUAUCUAAUAUCUAUAUUCAUUAAAAAAAUUAAUGUUGUGAAACUAAAAGGAAUUUAAAUGACGAUAAUGAAGCAAGAUAGAGAAACGUUAUGCAUGACGCAAAAAUUAAAAUAUGUUAUUCUGUUAUCUGUUUUUUUUUCUUUUCCUUGUGAUGUUAAAAUAUAAAGUUUAUUCAAAAUUUUAAAAUAAUUUUUGCGUCUCUGUAGAUAUACGAAAGCAACAUAUUUUUUAUGAUAUAUAACCUCAUUUGAAAUUAAUUACAUUUAAUUCUAAUUCAUUUAUAUCUACUUUUUCUGAUUGUUUGAUUGGACCGCGAACAUUCUUCCUGAAGAUAAAUAUUUUGAGAAAUCGGUCGAUCUUUCUCCAAUAAAAAUUCGAUGGGUUGUGAAAUGCGUCGUAAAGUUCUGAAUGAAAUUUGUGACAUGCGGUUUCUACAUGAAGAGAGACUAGCUUUACAGAGUAGGAAUUGCGUGCGGAUGGCACGCAGCAAAGUGAAAGCGAUAAAUCCCGAAACAAGGUCGCACACAAAAUAACGCGUCGGCCGCGCGUUAGCAUGUGUGCUAUUAAAUCUCGCGGGUGCUUAAUAUAGCGCGUCGAUGGUACUAACCUAAAUCAGUGAAAACUAUUUAGUAAUUAGUACCUUAAAAUUGAAUUCCGCACAGAUUCCGAUUAAAAUUCUAUAAAAUCCCUCAAAAAUCGUAUAUUCAACGGUAGGUAAACUAAAUGCGCAAAUAGGCAAGAAAAUUAAUUUAGAAAAAUUUUCUUAAUUCGCUAUACAUAGGGACAAAGAUUAAAAAAAAAAAACACAAAAAGGAUUUUCGGAGCAAAGAUUAGAGAUUUAAAGAUUAGAUAAAAGAAUCUCAAAGGUAACAUAUUUCGAUUAAGAGACAAACAAAUUUUAUCGGACUUUAUUGUAUGAUAUAACGGACGUUUCGUGCGUUUAUUGACACAAUGCUCGCAAGUCACAGUUGGUUAGCUGUGCUCCAAAGAACAACUGCCUUGGUCACGCUGCGCCCCCGAGUUUCGGACCAAUCAGCGCGCAGUUCUGUCGGCUGGAGUCAAUCGUAAGCGUACUCACACACAGACGCGCGCAGCCUGCCUGCCGGCCGGCAGUAACGUUGCCGUCGCAUCUCGCAGCUCGCAGUCUCCCACUUUCGUAUCGCACGCCGUUGAGGUAGGACGGUACCUCGUGCUCUCGGACCCUGGUAGCAUUCAACGGCUGUAAUUUUACGCGCGUCGUGUGACCGAAUCGGAGUUUUCACGUGGUCCGGUGCUCUGGCGACGUUGUUACACACAUCGACGUGCGUCAUCGUGACGCUCCGUUUUUGGAUUGGCUCGCUCCAUUCGUGUUAAAAGAUUCCUCGUCGCUACCUUAAGAAGAUUACCAUGUGUGCCAAAACUGUGUGAUUCAAAAAAUAUCUAAUCUCAGGUAUCGACAGUAUAUCUUCCGGUAGACAACGACGGUGCUGGCGCGGGGAUAUUGUUCGCAGAAGCGACGCUCAUCUUUGGAAACCAAUUAAACCAACUGUUUUCUCCGUGAGAGAACGUUAUUUCCCUCUUGCGCGAAAUAUUCGGCGAAUAUCUCGCGAUAUUCGAGAAUCUGAACGAGUCCGGCGAGAGUCAAAGGCGAUUGCGAGGCGUGACUCGGUUGAGCGUGAAAUACUCGAAUUUUGACGAGAGAAUAUAAAAUGAUGCUGAUGCAGGAGCCCGGCUGGAAACUGGAGCGCAAGGGCUCGGGGGCGCAGGUGUUGCGCAAGGAUGGAUCACACUUCAAGAGCAACACCGCGCGCGUAUGCUUCCGCUGCGACGUGGAAAUACGCGAAUUCGUGCCCGACGAGGAUUAUGGCUCGUCGGAGAACACGGAGAUGGAGACGGCCGCGAGUCCCCUGGCGAUGCUGUCCAGUUGCGUGGCAGCACUCUGCGUCACCAUCCUCCUGCCCUGGCUCCUGAUCGGGGGCUAAAUCGCGCCGAUUCCACCCAUCGAUCAAUGACGGAACGCGAGAGGUUCGCAUCGGCAACCUUAUCCCUUCGACUGAUCUUCAGCUACGAGUGUACUUGGGUAUCCGCCUAUACGAUAUUCUUACGUCGGGGUGGUCCCAGUAGUCGUUCAAGAUAUAUCUGAUGGCUAACGAUGGUUGUAACGUGAAUCUUUUGAGUCGAGUGCGCUCGAGGAAUGUUAAGAUAUUAUAAUAUUAUAGUAUUCAUAAUCACAGAUGGAUACUGUAAUUCUUUCGGAAAUUUCUUUUUAUUAGAGCAAAGGUUCGCUAUUCACAAUAUCAAAUAUCGACCAUUGGAUGUCAUUCGAGGAAAGAUAUCUGAAAUUGCGUAAAACGAGAUUAUCGCGCGAUUAAUUGUUUGACCGAUGAAGAAAGAAAGAAAGAGAGAGAGAGAGCAGGGUUUAUUGCUAUGAUUAUAUAUAAGAUUCAUCGUGUUUACAGUAUACGAUUCAGAAAUUUGAUCUUAUCGAUUCUACGCCAGGUCGAAAAUUCUGUGAAAUUUACGACUAAAUAAAUUUUUUUUACAAAAAUUUGAACGCGUCGAAGAGAAUCUUAAUUUAGUACAUGAUGAACAAAGCGGUUUUUACAACAGCGAGCUGCUAGAGUUUCGAAACUUAUUCGAAAAGUACCGAGCAACUAAAUAUUUUAAUAUAAGUUGUAAUAUUUAAUAAAUGCGACAGGUAACAUUGAUGUUUGGAUGUUAUCCAAGAUUUUCAAUGUUAUAAACAAUGAGAAUAUUUGACUGAUUUUUGUUGUAACUGUAUAGUUGUGCGAGCGAGAAUUACUUGCGUAAGAUACAUGUCGAUAUAUGUAACGAUACAAAAUUCAACAUGAUUGUAUUUUGCUAAAUGUUACGUAAUUCAGAUUUUGUAAACAUUUUGUAUGUGUAAGAGAAAGACGAGGUAAAAAGUAAAUAAGUGAAAAAAAAAA